AUAAUCUGUCUCAAAUGCUGCCCAGAAUAUGCAAAGAGGCCGGGACGCUGACCACAUACACUAACCACAGUCUGAGACUCACUGCGCUUCAAAAACUCACUGAAUCCAGACAGAUCGUGACUGUGUGUGUGCACAGUGUCCAUAUUGAGACGAAACCUCAGUUGCAGCAGGAAUCUGCUCCAUAUUUUGCCAGAUGUGAGAUUGACUCCAGCUGUGUGACACAGGAGAAUCUAGUGAGCAGCCAUGGCUGGUUAAAACAAGAACCAGAAAAUGAAAUAAUCGAGUGGAAAAAUAUGAACUUGAAGGCCGCCGUUGAUGCUGAGCAGGACAACACAAGCAAUGCCAUCUCCACAGCAACGACCCCGAUGGAGGGUUUACCCCCCAGUGUGAUGCUGACCAUCUCCAAACUUAAGUGUCUUGUGGAGAGCAAACAGCAGAAGAUUGAAGCACUGGAGAAACAAGUGCAGGACCUACAGGAGGAUCGCAAGUUCCUCCGCACACAGAUCGAGAACCUCACCAGUGCUCGUGUGGUUCAAGUACCAGAAGCAAGCACUUCAGUGUUUUUACGGCCCAGGUCACAUAAGAGACGGCAGAAAAUCACAUCUAAGCCAUGUGACAGUGAUGAGAGCUUUACCGAUGGGUCUGAGACCAUUGAUUCAUCUGAGGAGUUGAGCAACAUCAAGAAAAACAGACACAACAAGAAGAAAUGGAAGAGAGGUUAUGUGCAGUGUGAGUAAGUACUUUCAGCCUCCAACAAGAAGAACCUGAGUGGAGUUCUGCCCAAUUCCAGGCCAAACGUUUAUGAGUGAACUGCCUUUGCCCAGUACUCAAGAGUAGGCAAUACCUUAAGGUACCUUACUGUAGGUGGGACAACGUUCCUGGUUGUUUCUUCAUUGAUGGCUGAACUGUUUGCACCACAAACAGCAUUAUGCAGCACACCAUCUUCAACUGCCCUCAUCACAGAAUUGCAUCUAACAGCCGAAUAGAGAGAGUGUUCCUCUGGUGAGUCUGUGAGGAAAUGUUGGUCUGCUGUAUGUCUAGCUGUAUGCCCUCACAAAUGACACAGAUGAUGGUUUCUGCCUUUGACUGCUGAAAAAGAAAGAACAUGUCCAUGUGUGGACAUUAGUGGGCGCUGUGAUACCAUUGCUGACUGAUAAUGAUGGUGGUCAGGGCUGUUGUGUGCAUGUCAGGCCAUGGAAGUAUAGCAAGAAAUGAGUGAUAUGAAACAUGCUUGUUGUUAAUCAAAUUAGAAUGUAUUUAGUUAUACUUUACAUGUACAGAUCUGUUUGAAUUUUAUAUUAAGUUGCACAGAUAAUAACAGGACUGAAGAUGGAAAGUUAAGGCAUAUAUGAUGAGAUGGAUUGGACCAGAUUUCUGACUUUAAAUUUUCUUUUUUUGAAUCACUACAAAUGAUGUCUGGAAUCACAUAUGACAUCACAUGUUUUGUUAAGUCUUAUAUUACAUUUAUUUUAGUGAUAUAGUUCAUGUUAUUUUAUCAGUUUUCGUUUGUUUAAAUGCACAAAUAAACCAUGUCCUCCAAGACUGUAUUUACAGUCUAAGUGCUUGUAUUUUCACAUUUGCUGUUUGUGUUUGCUUCUUUCCUUAUGCUCUCAUUAUUUGUCCCGGUAUUGUACAGUAUUAUGAUGUAUUUUCGAAUAAUACAAAAGUAUGGAAUAAAUGAAAAAAGGAGUUUG